AUGGACGAGACUGGGUUCUCUACAGUACCGACAAAAGCUGUCAGAGUUUUGAGUCUGAAAGGGAGUAAAAGAGUUGGCAACAUGACAUCUCAAGAGAGAGGAGCACUUGUGACGAUGGCUUUGGCGGUUAACGCUGCUAGAGGCUCCAUUUCACCAUUCUAUGUGUUUCCAACUAAGAAGAUGCAAUCAGUUUUUCUUGAGCAAGCAACAAUUGGAGCAUUUGCAGUAGCCAACGGAUCAGGUUGGAUGCAGCGGUUUGAGUUUUUAAAAUUCAUGAAACAUUUUAUUGAUUUUUCUCACGCGUCGAAAGAAAAUCCGGUGUUGCUUCUCCUUGACAAUCACGCCUUUCAUUUGUCGAUUGAAAUUCUCGAUAUGGCUAUAGAAAAUGGAGUAACGAUGCUGUCAUUUCCACAUCACUGCAGUCAUUGCCUACAACCACUGGACGUGUCAGUGUAUGGUCCUACUAAAAAAUUUUUCGCCUCACAGCAUAAUUCUUAG